CUUGGUGGUGUGUGAUGUUCCAGUGGGGUCCAGCUCCACUGCAGUCACCUCAGUCCAGUCCUGAGCACCCGGACCUGCACGCAGCAUGAGUCCGGUGUCUGAGCCCUCAGUUGGCAGCAUCAGGUCUCUGUCUGCAGCCAGGAGGCACAAAAGCAUCAGGAAGAACUCCAGAAGGAUUUAUUCAGCCUACCAGAACCACCAGCAAGGCUCCUCAGAUGAAGACGACAAAGAGGAUGAGCGGGUGGAAAGCAAUGACCCAGAGGAGAUGUUCCAGAACAUUCAAUACCAGAAGGAGAUCAUCGCCAACAUUCGGACCAGACCCUGGCCAAUGAGACGCAAGCUCAAAGUCCUAAAGCAGGCCAGAGAGAUUGUCCUGAAGUAUGAGGGCCGUCUCACCAGAACCAGAGGCUACCAGACUGCAGGAGCUGAUCUGCUGAAGAAACUUUCACGUGUGCUUUACAACAUCGUGGUUCUGUUCAUUCCCUGGGAGGUGAGGAUCAAGAAAAUUGAAAGUCACUUUGGGUCGGGCGUGGCCUCCUACUUCAUCUUCCUCCGAUGGUUGUUUGGGAUCAACAUCGUCCUUACGAUCAUGACUGGAGCCUUUAUCGUCCUACCAGAGCUGCUGGCUGGAGCUCCGUUUGGUACAACGAGGAGUAAAACUAUCCCCAAAGAGCAUCAGGCUUCAGCCCAGGACUUGGACACCAUCUGGUCUCUCGGGGGCUACCUGCAGUACUCCGUAUUAUUCUAUGGUUACUAUGGCAGACUGAGGAAAAUUGGCAGUGCAGGGUACCGGUUGCCCCUCGCCUACUUCCUGGUUGGGAUGGCUGUCUUUGCCUACAGUUUCAUCAUCCUUUUAAGAAAAAUGGCCAAGAACUCUCGUCUGAGCCUGGCCAGUGCCUCUGACGAGAACUUCACGUUCUGUUGGAGAGUUUUCUGUGCCUGGGAUUACCUGAUAGGAAACCCCGAGGCUGCCGAGAGCAAAGGAGCUGCCAUUGUCAACAACAUCCGGGAGGCCAUCGUUGAGGAGCAGGAAAAGAAGAAGGAUACCAGUCUGGCAGUUCUCAUCAGUCUGCGUAUUUUAGCCAACAUCCUGGUGCUGCUGUCUCUGGCUGGCAGCAUCUACAUCAUCUACUUUGUGGUGGACCGUUCUCAGAAACUAGAGCAGGAGAAGCCGGAGCUGACACUUUGGGAGAAGAAUGAGGUGAGUGUGGUGGUUUCUCUCAUCACCAUGAUUGCUCCUUCUGCCUUUGAGCUGGUUUCUCAGCUUGAGAUGUACCACCCACGAACCUCCCUGCGUUUCCAGCUGGCCAGAGUACUUGUGUUGUACCUCGGGAAUCUCUACAGCCUCAUUAUUGCCCUGCUUGAUAAGGUCAACAGUAUGAGCUCUUCUGACCCAGUGAGUCCAGGGAACUGGUCUGACUCCAGCUCCUUCCUGGCCACAAUCUCUCAGCCUGAGGUAGGCAGCCUUUCAACCCUGGUUUCUGAGAUCUCAGUCUCUGAGCAUCACAACAGCACCAUAGCAACAAUUGCCACACUGCUGGAUGUUAGGAGCACCAGCCCAAGCAGUUCAGGGACCAUCUCCAACCACACGGCUAUGUUUGAGAAGAACACCCGCUCUCAGCAGGACCAAUGCUGGGAGACGUACGUUGGACAGGAGAUGCUGAAGCUGUCCAUCAUCGACAUGAUCUUUACGGUGGCCAGCAUCCUACUCAUUGACUUCAUCAGGGGCUUGGUGGUCCGAUACCUGAGUGACUGCUGCUGCUGGGAUUUAGAGAGCAAGUUUCCUGAAUAUGGAGAAUUCAAAAUAGCAGAGAAUGUUUUGCAUCUGAUUUAUAACCAAGGAAUGAUCUGGAUGGGAGCAUUUUUCUCUCCCUGUCUUCCUGCCUUCAACGUUUUGAAGCUGAUUGGUCUCAUGUACCUGAGGAGCUGGGCCGUCCUCACAUGUAAUGUUCCCCAUCAGCAGGUGUUCAGAGCCUCCAGAUCAAACAAUUUCUACUUGGCUAUGCUGCUUUUCAUGCUGUUUCUGUGUAUGCUGCCCACUGUCUUUGCCAUAGUGAGAUAUAGACCGUCACAGCACUGUGGACCAUUCAGUGGUCAAGAGAAGAUAUAUGACAUCAUCUCUGAGACAGUGGCCAGUGACUUCCCCCUGUGGUUCAGCAAAGUGAUGAGUUACAUCACCAGCCCUGUCGUGGUGCUGCCGGGCCUGCUGCUGCUGUUCAUGCUGAUAUACUAUCUCCAGGCCAUUGCCAGAUCCCUCAAAUUUACCAACAACCAGCUGAGGAUGCAGCUCCAGACAGAGCGGAAAGAUGACAAGAAGAAAGUGUUCCAGACGGCUGCAGCGAGGUUACAGGCUCCAGAGGCUGCAGCUGACAAAAAGACAGAUCAGCAGGAAAGCGACAUCACGAGCCAGGAGGCCUCUAUUCACACUGCUUCUCUCAGACGGAACGGCAGCGUCACAAACUCUAGCUUUCCUGUUCGUCAUGGAAGCCGCAUCGACACUAUCACACAAUCAGCUUGUAGGACGGACCGAGGAAGUGUGGUUGGAUCAGUCAGAAGUCCGACAGCCACCAGGCUGACCAGGCACAGGCCGGAGCACAUACCUAGCAGGAAGCAUCCAGCUGAGAUCAUCACUGCACAGAGUUAUGGGGGCCGGCGCGGCCUCGCCACCCGCUACGUGAUCGUCAACGAGCACGAGCCCAGGAAGACGCUGCUGCGCGCGUCCACGCGCAUCCCCUGCCACUACCUCAUGGAGGAGCCUGCAGAGGUGCUGGAGGUGUACCCGCGCAACAUCAGGCGCUACACGCCCCGCGCCGCCCACCACCAGCCACAUCCUCACCGCCUGCAUCUGAGUGAGGAGGAAGAGGAGGAAGAGGAGGGAAAAGGCAGGAGAAGGAUGGCGUCGGGGAAGGCCCAUCGCUCCCGCUCCCGCUUUGACCUUCACCAGCCGCCACACCUGCACAUCGGGGGCCGUGUGGAGGGCCACGUGUCCGUGGUGAAAGGCGGCCGCAGUCGAGCUCGAGAAAGAUACGGAGCGCCAGGAGACGAUAAAGAGGAGGAUGGUGAAGGAGAGAUGGAUUGUGGAGACUUAGAGUCAAACUUUGAGGCCCAGGUCAGCGUGAGAGGAGGCGACUCGCUCCUCCUGCGAACCAGGCGUCCCGUCCAUUCCCCAGGACGACGGCGCCAGUCCCCGGCCAGGACCAGGCACCCGGAGGCUUUCUUGAAGCCCAAGAUGAGAGCGAAGCUGGAGACCCCUUUGACGGAGUCAGACUCAGCCUCCAUGGCCUCCAGCAGCAGUGACCAGUACAUUCAGGUCCUCCACAACAAGGAGCCCCAUCUCAAGACGGAUGCAGGGCACGAGAAGUUGGCCAAAAAGAAGUUCAAAACCAGCGUGGACCUAAAUGUUAUUGAUUCAAAUGAUCUUGUCUGCACCAAUGUGUGACAUCGAUGCUACAAUGAUGUCUUCUGUUCGGGACAUUGAUACAUGUACACUACUAGGGUACAGUGGGUUUUAAAGCAAAGUGAGAAUAUUAUCAUCAAUGUGAUUUUUUUGCUCCAAUUUGUGUGGUCUUGUAACAUUUUGAAACAUGUGCUUCAGUUAAUUAAAUGUGUUGUUAUA